UGUCAGGUUCAUAGCAUCAGUUCUCUCAGUGUAACGGUUUUGCAUAACCUUCGGGGACCCGUAUACUGCCUAAUGAUCUCAGGGACGGAUAAGACGGUUUAGAUGGUUUGAGACCAACACGGCUUCAUGCAAAAGAAGGAUAACGUAGAGCGAAUUGGCUGGUCUUAAACGAUCUCUAAAGCAGAAAAGACAUAGAUGCUAUGAAGCCAAGUGAGUUCCGCCGCCCUUUGAGGUUUUCGAGUAAUUUCUAGGCCUGACGGCUUUCCCCAGAACCCCCCUCAGUUAGUGGGUAAUUAUUUUUUGUCCCACUACCUAACCCAACCUAACCUAACCCGCAACAGCACCAGGGGAGUAUGUGCAUUUCGCUUCAUACAAGGUUGUGGAUCAUUCGCGUAAAUGUGCCGGGGUACGCCAGGCAAUCCUCUAAACCUCCUUAAAACAAAUCGAAACCGGGUAAGGCAAGGUGCGUCUCGUGUGGGAUUUGCCUUCCGUUUAAAGUGUUUCCUCGAUACAAGAUUAUCCGGUCGAACUGACACCGAAACAUCUUCAACUUCACUUAGAUAUCUUUUUGUAAUUGACACGGUAUUUUUUGCUCGGCAAGGCGAGUUUAGCCAGAAACCCCUAUAUCAGCCAUUCAGUGUCCACGACAUCAUCCUUUCAUCAUGUUCAGCGCCUUACAAAUUCCAGUAAAUCCUUAAUAAAAUUAAGGAUAGCUUCCCUUACAAAGCACUGGCAAUGAGAAAGACCAGACGCUGAUCGAAAAUCCGCAAAAACCAUUCAUAGAGAGGAGAAUAAAUUGCAGAAUAUUGCUAAACAAUAGCGGCACCAAUAGGGUAUCACAGUUUACGUUAGUAGGAGGGGUAGAUAUUACGCAUAUGUAAAUUAGGUACAAAAAAAAUGCGUCUAUAAACGGAUGACGCCAGUUACGCAAUGGUCUUCGCUGUCGAAUCUUGCUUUUAAUAAUAACGACCUCUAAUUCAAAAUAUAAUAAUAAUAAUAAUGUAAUAACAGUGAACCAGUAAAACAGAGCAAUCGAUAAUGGGCCUCAUAUUUAAAAGCCUCGAAGGGUGCAAACGACUGAGGAAUUCCUGUCUGUUCCAGGAGAACACCGUGGGCAGAAUUCAAAACAAAACGGCAACACAGUUCGUAUGUUUGUAAAUAACAGUUGCUAUAGUUUCCCCAUCCAGAGAAAAGUGGAAAACAAUAAUAAUAGUAAUCAAGAAGCUGGUCAUCAUAAAUAUGAGCGAACGUCGAUUUUAGUCAAAAGCUAUUUGACUAUACGAUAGUCUGUUUUGUCAUGAAUUUUUGAACGAGCGUCCAUGUCAGUGGUAAAAAAAAAUGCUGACAGGAUCGAUUAGGAGGCUCGAGGCUGAAGUGCCCAUAUCAUAUUCCUGUUUUCGUCAUUAUUUUCAUUGCCCUAUUAGGUCGUUUACUUAGUCGUGUAUUUAUGUGAUCGCGUGACUCUAUUCUGCCACAAGGUUGAUAUAUAUAACUUGUUCCAAUGCUAUCUGACCCGCGAGCCGUCAAGACACCUCCAAGAACAGCAUAAGGCAAACGGUAAAAUAAUACUGCGAUGAGUGUCGAAACGAAUAGUCAGCAUUAGAUGUACGCAGGUCGCCAAACGUUGAUUCUGUGCAAUGCCUAUACCCUGUAAGAGCUCGAACUCAAUAACAUCAUGAUUAAUGUAUACAUAGUAUGGCAUACCCAAUACCUAUUCACUUGAAGAUUCGAAAUGACGCUUAACUAUGUUGGCCGGUCAGAUGCUGCUGCAGAGGUGAGGUAGCCGAGCAAUUCAAACAUGAUUUCAACGAAAAAAACAAACACUUAGAAUGCGUACAGAGUGGCCCGAAUAACGUUAAAUCCGAACAUCGAGAAGAGUGAAACAGUGUCAUUUCGGCUUCAAUAACUGCUAUUCUUGUUGCUUGUAAUGUUUUGUGUUGUUGUUGUUCUUGUGUAUGUGAGUAUAACAGUGGCUAGGAGCUGGUGGGACAGAAAGCUGCUCUUGCUUUGGCUGACAUUGCCUGGCUGCGCGAUGACUCAGAAAUUGGCUACCUAUGCACUUAUCGAGCUGGUGAAAACAAGCGACCGAUACGAGCGGAACGGCCAACUAAAGCGACUUAUGUUAUUCGACAUUGGUUUCCUCGUGUAGAGAGAGUGAAAGAGUAUCGGACGCUUAGCAACGAGAUUGAAUCAGCCGCUUUUUACUCGUUUGUGCAGUUCGGUUAGAACUAAGACGUAAACACUUUAUGAAGUAGACUGCCUGGAGGGGAUAUCGCUCUAAGACAAAGAUCACAAGCUUACAUAGAGACACAUAGUCAUGGUGCGGCCGAGCCUUCCGAGACCCUUAAGCUAUCAUGAAGAGUCUCCAGCACGUUACCAUUUCAAACCGUUAUUUGGUGAACAGUCAAUUAAUUCCCAUGGAGUGUGAUGUGCAGCAGAAUUUCGAAAGCCUGUAGCGAAGUGACUCAUGCCAGCUUUUGUGGUUUCUAUGAGAGACAUGCUAAGGUCACUGUGUGAUGCUUUCUUUGUGCGCUUCGCUACAUAUGAACUGGACGCUGUUUAUGAAAUCUGUUUUGUGUUAGUAUGCGAAGCCAUGCUUUGAAGUGAGGCCGCUUUGACAAAAUCCAUAGCCUUGAGUGGAAUAUCAACUGGACAGACCAAACCUUAACGGUCUCGCGAUAUCAACCCUUUACUUGGACGAACUAACUGAGGAACGUACCAUGGACAACGUUUACGAAGAAGCUCUUUAUUCCAUCAUGCAUCGCAUCGGAAGAACUGAGCACAGGAAGGAGGAUUUGUACUUCUUCCUCAAGGACGCUUUUGCCGUAGACGAUGAAAAACACUUUGAACUAUUAACUAGUGUCGGACAAGAGAAAAAACCGCAAAGCUGUAUUGACGUACUCAUCGAGCGAGCUGAAAACCUGAUUGCCAAGGAUCUAAAUGGACUUAGUGAUCCGUACUGCAUGUUGGGAGUGCAGCUUGGAGGGGGCGAAUAUACCGGCUCGUGCGAUUCAAAUAACAUUCUAGCGAAGCAGGUAGUAACUACGACGGUGCAAAAAGCUACCCUUAACCCCGUUUGGCAGGAGAAAUUUACAAUGGAUGUGGAUGACGUGCUUUCGGAUUUGUUUCACCUUGAUAUUUGGGACGAAGACGCAGAAAAAGGCAAUAUUGUGACAUCUGCAUCGAAGGUUAUAGAGGUCUCGUCAAUAAAAGGCCUAGGCCGUUUCUUCAAACAAAUAGCCCAGUCUACGAAAGGAAGCGAUGCUCAAGACGACUUCCUUGGCUGCGUUACAAUACCGCUAAGGGAUAUUCCGGGUGGUGGCACGAGCGGCUGGUUCGAUUUGACGUCACGUUUUAGCAAAAGCGCGUCCGUGCGUGGCCGGGUAAAACUCGGUCUUGCAUUUCGAUGCCGACAAAGACGAGGCAAAGCAAUUACCAAUGAAUAUGAUACGGAGGAUUCGGUCGACUUGUAUGAGACCCUACUUGCCGUAUUUUCGGAACAUCAGCUUCGACAUACAGAGUCAUCUUCAAGCUGGUCUGGAUUUAUCCCCGUCCAAGCGACGACUAUCCUGGACCAGUUCGCUAUACAACGCAAUGUAUCUACGUUACAAAAAGCCCUUUCGAAAUGGGUUGUAUUCUGCAGGAUCAACAGAGAACGCCAGCUCAACUUUUUGCUUCUAGAAGAAGUUCUGCAAGAAUUGAACUCGCGGUGGCUUUAUGCAUCCAGCUGCACACCUCAACAGGAGUCGAGUUUAUUUGCGUCAUUCAAGGAGUUCACUGAAUAUUGCCUGCGUCUUUUGGCUAAACAUCGCGAAGUCUGGCCGCAGGGCACUGUUCGGGGACAAACGGGAAUGAAUUAUAUGCUCGAGUGCCUAGGGAUCAUCAGACGAAUGUCUGCUCUUCAACUUGCUACCGAUUCUAUAUCCAGUUCGCUGAACAGAGCAAAUGAUCAGCACACACCAAGCGAAAUGACAAACCUUUCGGAACAGAUUGAGAAGGCCCUUGGGGAUGGAACGGAAUCGUGGGUGCGCGCCUUAGUAGCGAAUCACCAACCCAUGGUGCAAAACGAUAAUGACUCUCUCAUCCAAGGAUUCGUUGAUGUCCUCGCUGAAAUAGCACAGGAUCUUCGUCUUGGUGAUAAAUAUUACAACGAUCAAUUUAUCAGCGAUGUCGAAGUGCCAUAUACGAGAGUCAUCUAUAAACAUUUUGAACUUGCGCUAGAAGAACAGUUGUCAGCAGAGAUCGAGCAGGUAGUUCAGCGAAUGGAUGCCGACAAAGCAUGGGCCAUACACGGUCCUGAUCCUGAAAGAGCCCAGGACCGCAGUAUGCGAGCAGGCACCAAGCUUUACGAGCUAUAUGUCGCCCUACAAGAGGUGGUCAAUUUCAAAAGAAACGUCGACAAUUACAAGCCCGCCCGGUCAAACUUAAGGCUUCACUGCUUUCACGAGUGGUUUGCCGAUACUGUUCAGAACUGGUUCCUCAUGGCAAAAAUGAAAUCAAAAAAUAUCAUCACCAACGCCUUUGAUGUCGACGUACAGAAAAACAACCUGAAACCGCUUGAUAAGGUUAAAUAUAGCUCGUCGGCAGUUGACACAUCCGGGUGUAUCAAGCAAAUAAAGAACUUCUGGCGGGAGCUUGACUGGCCUGAUAAGGCAGCCUCCUAUCCGCUGAUCGUCCGAAUUCUGGAAGCAAUUUGUGAAUGUACGCUUCACUAUGCCGCUUUGUGCCAUAGCAAACUCGAUGAAGAAGGAUACUUCGAUGUUGAAGGACAAUUUGAUGUCGCACAUGAGGUGUGCGUCAUUUUAUCAAACAUCGAAUUUGUGCGCAAGUUCAUUCUCACUCUUAGCAAGGAUCUGCAGGUAGCAGAUGUGCUAGAUGCGAUUUCAGCAUCUGAAGGUGAAGGAACAGCCGUAAUGUGUCGUACUGCUAUUGAAGCGAUGAUCGACUCGACGGACGAAGACGUCGUCAAUAAAAUGCUCAACAUCAUUAAAGGACUCGGCGAGAAGAUUCGCCCUGAACUACGGAAAUGUCUUGAGCAUGCCGCGUGGGAGUCGGAACGAAAAGGCGUUGAAGAAGCACUUGUCCCGCUCUAUGAGUACCUUGAGAAAAACUUCGCCAAUACUUAUUCGAGUUUGGAGCACAUCAAUUUUUAUAGAUCUACCGAAAAUAUUUGGAAAGUUAUGCUGGAAGAACUCGAUGCCAUUGCUUGGACGAAUCGUGGAGCUAGAGUUUCCUUCUUUACCAGACUUGAUGAUGCUGCGGAAAAAAUGGCCGCCCAUAUUCAUGGCAACGGGAACGGGCUUGCGAUGAGGGACGUUCAAUCGAGUGAAUUUAAGAAGUUGAAGGUCCAUCUCGUUCAAAUGUCUUCUCCAACAAACGCGUUAAUUGAGGAGUAUCUCGUGGCGAGACUAGAGCGGCAAAAUAACCGCAUCGAAGCGAUUCGUCAAGGCGCCCAUCCAUACGGGUUUCUUGCAGUCAAAGCGGCGAUUCUAUCAUUUGACCAAGUGAUUUACAUUCACGUACUACGAGCUCGGGACCUCACAGCUAUGGACACUAACGGACUAAGUGAUCCCUAUGUUAAAGUGGAGCUAAUGCCCAGACAUUUAUUUCCUGAUGCAGCCGUCAAAAAGACGCAGAUUGUCAAGAAGACGCUCAACCCUGUUUGGGGAGAGGAACUAACUCUACAGAUUCCUAAUCUGACCAUCGACGAGGCUGUAAAUCGAGCCGAUUUUGGUCCAUCGGUUUGCAUCAGGCUAACCGUCAUGGAUCACGAUCUCAUAAGCAGAAACGAUUUUGAAGGCGAGUGCUUCCUGUCCCUACGAGAGCUGUCUAUCAUCGACACGUCUCAGAAGAACCGAGUAUCCACAGAGGAUCUAAAUGCUCUUGAUAUACAGGAUAUGCCGCUGACUCAACCUCUUGAAAAUGAUGAGUACCUGAGCAUUUUGGAAAAACGCGCCUGGGACUCCGAUGCGCAAAAGUUUGCCAGUGAACAGAGAAGGAAACAGAUAGUUGCCCGAGAUGAAGAUUAGGCCGUUCGCCUACAUUAUAAUUUCCAAGCCGUGCACUAACCACAGAAGGACGCUCCGAAAUAUAUUUGAUCGUAUCAAACAAUUAUGUACAAUUGAAUUUAUCUCAUUCCAUUAGCUUAUAUAUUAUUUAUGUUACCAACUUCAUUGUACCGAUAGAAACUAAGUAAAUUCAUAGAAGGCAACUAGAAGGAGUGGCAGCAAAAAUGAGCGCUUUCUAAUAAACAAAGAUAUAAAAGAAGAAGUGUUUAGUUUACUUAAUUUGAACACGCAAAAAAAUAUAUAUUUUAAUACGUAUAUACGUUUAUAGCUAUUUUAUAUAUACAUUUCGAACUGUAUAUGUUCUUGACUUAUAUUCCCACUUGACUGGUCUGAUCCUUUCUAGCUGUGCAAAUGCUAUGCGCAACCUUAAUACUAGGGUCUGCUAGAUCUGAAGACAAUAUACCGUGUUGAAGACAAUACAGAUAUAUAACAUGUAAUAAAUUUCUGCAAGUAAAGUGGUCCCUCGAUAUUUUUACUUUUGGACUCUCUAAACUCUAAAUGUCACAAUUUCGUUUACUCCCAUAACCGUUCAGAUAGAAAUGACCUUCAUCAUAGAAGACGAUGUGACGAAAGAAGACGCUAGCAAGCACAUUGCACUUCCAGUAUUUCGAUAAUAAAUUUUUAUAAAAGAACAAAACAUACACACUGCCGUGUUUAUUGCUGGGCAGUCUUCUAACCCUUGCUUCGCGAAAAACAUCGUAGGAGAGGGAUGAAAUGCAAGUUUCUUACGCGUUUAUAUAUAUAUGUAUAUAUAUGUAUAUAUCAAAUAGAGUCUACUGACUGAUUUUUAAAGAAAGCUUGUACUUGAACAUGGGAAGCAAGCUAACUCGUAUUGACUGAGCCGUCUAGAAACGAUCAGUUGGAACAAAUGCAAGCACCAGAUACUUCCGAUGCUAUCAUGGAGAGCGAUUUCUCUGUAUUAAUCGUAAAUUUAAUGGUUCAAAUUCAAUGAUUUCAUGUGUUACCUAUAUCUUAUGGCAUUGUAUACAAUGAAGCAUUGGCUAAUCCCAUUAAUUAUUCAGUAUGGAGCAGGCCCAACGGAAGCUAGGGUCAGCGAAACGAUUGGCCGCACGGAGUAAAGGAUUCAGCCUAUUAGGAUUUUGAAGAAGGAUAAAAAUUUCAAACAACAAUUGAGUGUAGAAAGGUGUCCAGAACUAGCAAGUCGAGCGAUUGUCACGAAUAAUGCCUGAAUAUUCCUUAGUUGGAAUGUUACGCCAGUAUGAUACGUCAUAAAAGUGGCUUAGAUUAAAAACAUAAAAUUUAUUCCACAUAUUGGCUACCAAAUUAUUUGAGCUUGAAGAGUCCAAUCUGAAGUCAACGUUUCCCAUCAAGGCAAUACUGACUAAAUACAGAAUCAUGAAUAUUUAGUUUUUCAAAUUGAAUACUGUCAAUAGGGUUUACUGGAAAGUAAAGUAUAAAACUAGUCAAUACCUUUAAUUUCGCCUAGAAUUCGUACUGGCCCUUCUUUGCAUGAAUCUCCCAUGCUUUUCUAUGAAACUCACUUGCAUGGAUCCAUUCACUGAUUAAAACAACAACUGAGAUCUGCAGCUAAAGCUACUUCGAUAAAAAUACGACAGGUAGAGAGCGAUCACUGUGACAAAGGCUUGACAACGUGGGGUUCGACUGGAUGCCGCACAUGUCAGCUGUAUAUAAUUGAAAAU